AUGAGAGAGAUGCAGAUUGUGGCUGUACAUAGAGCAAUGUCUCGCGUGGAUUCGACAGGACGUGUAAGUGGGGAAGGUGACAUGAACCCAUAUUAUUGCAUUGGGGAUCUGUGGGAAAGCUUCCAAGAAUGGAGUGCUUAUGGAGUUGGAGUGCCAUUCUUGUUGUCUGGUAUACCAACUACGCAGUAUUAUGUUCCCUUCUUAUCGGGUAUGCAGCUCUACGUUGACCCUGAAAAAGUCGGGUGCCCGGCUAAAGAACCAGACCAGGGGACGAGUUCUGUUUUGGAACGGUCAUUUGAUGCACUGAACUUGAACCACCAAAAGCUAAAACAGGUCAUGUCGUGGGACACUAAAACUGAAGCUUGUGGUUCACGUGGCAAGCUUGCCUUUGAGUUUAUGGAACGAGAGCAGCCAUAUACUCGGAAGACUUUAUCUGACAAGGCUUCCGUUCUUGUAUCCCAAUUUCCUGAGCUGAGCCAGUUCAGGAGCUGUGAUCUAUCUCCUUCAAGCUGGAUAUCCGUUGCUUGGUAUAGUUCUUUCUUAGAGGUGGCAAAAUGGGUGGGCCGUGGGCGGGUAAUUUUUGGCUACAGCGGGUCAGAGUUUUCAAGCAAGAAUGCUGAUGGGGUUAACGGAACACUAGCUCUUUCUUCAAAGAUUCGUUUACCAGUAAUUGGACUGGCUUCCUACAAGCUAAAAGGUUCAAUAAUAUCUCCGUGUGACCCCCAAGAGCGCAAGAAAGAAAACGACCUUUUCGAAGCAGCUAACAAGUGGCUCACAAAUUUGCGGGCUCAUCUCCCAGAUUACCAGUUCUUCCUUAGACGUCAUUAA